GCCGACCAGGCGGAGGUUGAGCCGACCCUGCCCCCGUUUAAAAACCCAGAAGACAACCCACCGCGACUCAAAUGCAAAAAAAAAAAAGAAGAAGCAAAAAACAAAAGAGGCCAGGGAACGCGCGGAGCGUGGGUGUAAAUAGGCACGCGUGAACAACGCUCUCUCUUUUUUUUUCUCUCUUCCUCCCCUCCCUCUCUUCUUCUAUCUCUCCCUCUGUUUCCCUCUUGAUCCCAUCAAUGAGCGACUUAUUGAGCAGGACUUAAAACAUCGGGACCGGGAGGAAAAAAAGAAAGAAAAACCACAAAAAAAAAAAAAAGAGGGCAUUGCGCGCGUCUUGGCCACGCGCUACAUGUGUUUGCACGCGCGUGUCAAUAUUGGCAGGACGGCAGAAAUCCACGCGAGCGAGACUUCGUCACCUUCUGUUGCGUCUCGGCCUCAACUCGGAGCGACGAUGGCAACUUUGACCAACGGGCAGGUGGACGUCGCCGCGGCGCACGGCGUCGCCGCCAACGGGCUCGUGAACGGAUUAAGCCACGGCCACGGCCACGGCCACAGCCCGGCGGGCUGCCCGGCCACCAUCCCCAUGAAGGACCACGACGCCAUCAAACUCUUCAUCGGCCAGAUCCCGCGCAACCUGGACGAGAAGGACCUGCGGCCCCUCUUCGAGGAGUUCGGCAAGAUCUACGAGCUCACCGUGCUCAAGGACCGCUUCACGGGCAUGCACAAAGGCUGCGCCUUCCUCACCUACUGUGCCAGGGAGUCGGCCCUCAAAGCCCAGAAUGCAUUGCACGAGCAGAAGACCCUGCCAGGGAUGAACAGACCCAUCCAGGUGAAGCCAGCAGACAGCGAGAGUCGAGGAGAAGACAGAAAGCUCUUUGUGGGCAUGCUCAACAAGCAACAGUCCGAAGACGACGUGCGGCGUCUCUUCGAGUCCUUCGGCAGCAUCGAGGAGUGCACCAUCCUUAGAGGUCCUGACGGGAACAGCAAAGGCUGCGCUUUUGUAAAAUAUUCAUCUCACGCUGAAGCCCAGGCGGCCAUCGGUGCUCUCCAUGGCAGCCAGACCAUGCCGGGUGCGUCGUCCAGUCUGGUGGUGAAGUUUGCAGACACAGACAAGGAGCGCACCAUAAGGCGCAUGCAGCAGAUGGCAGGUCAGAUGGGCAUCUUCAACCCCAUGGCUCUGCAGUUUGGAGCAUACGGUGCUUACGCUCAGGUGCAGCAACAGGCCGCCUUGAUGGCGUCAGUGGGCCAGGGGGGUUACCUCAGCCCUAUGGCCGCCUUCGCAGCCGCCCAGAUGCAGCACAUGGCCACCAUCAAUGGCCUCCCUGGAGCGCCGCUCACGCCCACCUCAGGCGGCAGCACCCCUCCAGGCAUCAGCGCCCCCACGGUGACCAGCAUCCCCUCCCCCAUCAGCGUCAAUGGCUUCACUGGCAUGGCGCCCCCGCAAGCAAACGGGCAGCCCCCCGCAGAGGCCGUCUUCACCAACGGGAUACACCAUUACCCCGUGUUGCAGGAAGUGGUUUUUCGGGAGGAUUCUGAGAAAAACGGUCUGGGUGUCGCUCCAAGGAGUUGUUUCGGAGUUCAGGGUGGCUGCUUCCUGUCUUCUCUAUCUGAAGCUCAAAGUCCGACUGCAGCAGAUCCUCUCCAGCAGGCGUAUGCAGGAGUGCAGCAGUAUGCAGCAGCCUACCCCGCCGCAUACGGCCAGAUCAGCCAGGCCUUCCCCCACGCUCCCACCAUCAUCCCCCAGCAGCAGCGAGAAGGACCAGAAGGUUGCAACCUGUUCAUCUACCACCUCCCUCAGGAGUUUGGGGAUGGAGAACUGAUGCAGAUGUUCCUGCCAUUCGGUAAUGUCAUCUCCUCCAAAGUGUUUGUGGAUCGGGCGACAAACCAAAGUAAAUGCUUUGGCUUCGUGAGCUUCGAUAACCCAGGCAGUGCCCAAGCUGCCAUCCAGUCCAUGAACGGCUUCCAGAUCGGCAUGAAAAGACUCAAGGUGCAGCUGAAGAGGCCGAAGGACGCAAACCGCCCCUACUAGCCCCCAGGCCAGCCGCCAUGUCGCACACAGGUUUUGUAGAGCUGAAUCAUAUGUUGACUAUUUGCCACCCGCUACAGAACGCAAACUCAACAUCUGAGACGCUGAGGCUGCUUUCGGAAGGAGAGGACAUCGAGGGAGAGAGAGAGAGAGAGAUGUCAGAGUCAUGGAAAAUUCCUUUUGGAUGUACUGAAAAACAACUUUGGAACUCAAGAGAGAAUUUGUACCACCUUGGUUUUGCCCGUGGACUUGUUCUUCUGCACAUGUACACACCUCCUUCCUCCUGGAACCCUGCUUGGAUGACAGCUACUCUACCUUUUUUCUGGAACAACUUUGUCUUGAACAAUGACGGGAGCGGGGGAAGUAAAAAAAAAAGGAAAAGAAAACAAAAAAAAAAACCAUCCAAUGAUCAACACCAGUGAACUUUUAAAAGGGAACAUGGAUGUCCAAAGUCCAACCAGAGCAUAAGAAACUUUUUAAAAAACGGGAGUCGAGAUGCUUUGAAUUUGGGCCGUUGAAACACGAAGGAAUGCGUUUCAGAAGAAGUGAUGUCAGGACACACAUUUGGGAUGGCCGUCUUUAGCUUCGGAGUGCCUGUCCGUUUCCAGGGGAUACCGUUGCCAAGGAGAACCCUAGCAACAGUCUUACCUGUCAUUCCUCAGUUGUUUUAGGGACCAAAAGACCAAACGUUUUUAUCGCUGAGAACUUGUAGCUCUACUAUACUUGGACCACUCCCUCUCCUUCAGUCCGGACCAGAGUCGUACUCUUUACGAGGGUACGUGUGUGUGUACAUACAUAUAUAUAUUGCCAAUAUGCUUUUGGAAUACGGGCGACACUCUUUCAGACGACCAAAACGGGGUCCGUCACGUUGGUAGUUUGCAAUUAGGAUUGGGGAGGGACGGCGAGUGCAUGGGAGGGGCAAUCACAGCCUUAUCUUUUUUAACAUCCUAACCUCAUAGAUAGUAACAUCGCAAACUAUAUGACCUUCUUUAUAUCUGCAGUACAUAUAUACCAAGCAUUGGAGAACAUGUAUUCAUAUAUACCACAUAUAUGGAUAAGCAGAUAUUAACCACGAGCAAAUAUAUGUACUUAUAUAUUUGAUAUAUGUGUGUCUGUGUAUAGAACGCGACAGACUAUGUUGAGCUGGCAUUUUGGGUAGAUUUUAGCUGGGAGUUUUGGGAUGAAUGGCAAAACCGGCAGCUCCCGAAAAACUGCAGGCAUUCCUACCCGAUGACCUACAAGUACAGGCCAAAAGUUUGGACACACCUUCUCCUCGUUCAAUGCGUUUUCUUUAUUUCCAUUGUAGAUUGUCACAUCAAAACUAUGAAUGAACACAUGUGGAGUUAU